CUGUGCGGGGAGGCGCGGGAAGCGGCACGGGAGCGCGCGGAGCGGGUUCGCGGUCGGCUGGAGGCGGUGGAGCAGCGCAAGCGGGACCUGGUGGGGGAGGGGCCCUGGCUGUGGUGGGGCGGGGCCUGUAAAACGGGAGGGGCCUCUCGCAGGGCAGGGACUUGCCGAGUGGGCGGGCCACGAGGGGUGUGGCCUGGUGAGAGGGCGGGCCUUGGAUUGGGCGGGGCCUGUCGAGGGGGCGGGGACCUCGGAGAGGCCCGGACCGCCCCCUCGAUCCUGCCCGCAGGAGCAACAAAACCUGCAGCUGCAGGAGCAGUGGGAGGAGCUGUCAAGUCAGGUACAAUCUCUUGCUUCCCCUGGGAAGCCCCGCCCCUUUCCCACCUCUACCUCCCAGGAUCGGUCCCUCCCCCAGCCAAGGCCCCGCCCUCACAAGCGCCACCCCCAGCUCUUCUACUACGGAGGAGAACAGCUGAGUCAGCAGCGCGCAGAACAGCAGCUCGGGACCCAAAUGGUGGCGUUGCAGGUGCGACUCACAGCCUCGCCGGGGGCAAGACUGCGCGGGGUCGCUUAUGGAGGAGGUGGCCAAGGCGGACUGCGAGAACCGGCUGUUCGGCGGCGCGGGAGCGACAGGCAUCAGGCUGUGGGCGCUCGGCGCGCUGCAGACGCUGCUGCUGCUCCCGCUGGGCGUCCUGGCACUGCCGCUCCUCUACCUGGCGCUGGUGAACCCGUCCGCCCUCCGCCGCGGGCUCGCGCGCCCUGGCUCGGACGCCGCCCUGCGCCGCCUGCGCUACACGCUAGCCCCGCUGCUGGAGCUGCGCCCGCGCGGACUGCUGCCUGCCUAGCACAUCACGCCGGCCGCGGCCGCCUGCACCCAGUCUCCCGCGUGUUUUUUGGGCGCAGGCGCGGGGAGAUUUGUGGGGAGAAGGGGAAGAGGUUGUCGGGGGAGAGGUCGGGCUGGUGGAGGCGGGGAGACGCGGGGGUGGUAGUUGGGAGACGCCGGAGGGAAAGAGGGGAGGGGCGGCUGCGAGAGAGACUCGAGACGCCGGGGCGGGGGUGUGGUGUGUCUCGGGCCGAGUGGGCGACGCCCCCCGUCCAGCGGACCUUGGUCUCUAGAGGCUGCCGAACCCUCGUCUCCCGUAGCCCCGCCGCCCACUCGGAAGGGGGCCGAAUCGCUACUAAACCUGGUCUCCCGCUGGCGAGGCGAGGCGAGCCGAGCCCGCGGCGCUGGCCGGCGGGUCCCCGCGAAAGUCCGCAUGGUGGUUCUGGGUCUCGAGGCGCCUCUCGUUGUUCCCCGGUGCCGGGCCGCCGGCGUCCUCCCGUCGUCGUGCGCGCUCACCGCCUCGGUCUUCGCGGGCAUCGUUGUCUUUCGGUGAAGUGUACCGCUUAAGGGAGAUGGACCUAGUUUCACUUUGAUGCAGACGGUGCUCUGCUUUCAUUAUUUACCUUUUUCGUGGUGAACUUGCUCUGGGUGAAUCUGGUGCACAGAUACAUGGGGUUUUGCUCUGGCCUUUAUGAAAUAGUUUUCUUAUUGAUUUCUACGUGUUCUUUAGUCAUUUUUGGGUUAACUUUAUGGGCUUUGUAUCAGUUUUAUCACAUUUAAGAAUUGUGCGUUGUGUCCUAAGAAAAUCCAUUCUUGCCUGGAAGUCAUAAAGAUAGUCUCAUACUCUAGAUACUUUUCAUUGGUGUAAACAUUUAGUUUGUCUGGUCAUUAUAACAUUUUGCUUAUGGAUUCAUCCAUAGAUGGGCAUUUGGGUUGUUUCCACUUUUUGGAAUAAUGCUGCAGUGAACAUGGGUGUAGAAAUAUGAGUCCCUGCAUUUACUUCUUUUGGGGUAUAUAUAUAUCCAUAAGUGGAAAUGCUGGAUUAUAUGAUAAUCCUGCUUAUUUUUUAAAAGGAAUUUCCAUAAGGCGUCACCCAGCGUCUGGACAUCCUCCACGACAUUAGCUGUUUUCUGUCUUUUUUUCUUUCUUUUUUAAUAAUAGCCAUCCUAAUGAGUGUGAUUUUUUUUUCACUUUCAAGUUUUACACAUUGUAUUCUCUAAUUUUUCUAAUUUAUAAUUACAAAGUCAAUCCAUAAAACAAGAUAUCUUCGGGAAGCCUAGCUUUUUUUCCGUGCCCUCGACCCUGUUGCCCCCAUUCUCUUGGACAAACACUUGAUUUUUUUUUUCAGGACUCUUUUUUUCCCUUAAUAAUUCAACUGUGUACAGUCACCCUCCCCUUUCCCGCCAGCACAGCGCCGCCGCACUCAGGCUUCUUGAGCGUCUUGCAACAACUCCUUCAGGCAGCGUUGAGGGGUGGUCGUGUCAUACACCAGUCACCAUAGUGAUGGGGGUGGUCCCCUGCUACCUCUGCGUGGAGCCUUUUGCAAACGUCUUUUUGUAUUUUGCCAGAGAUCUUUGAGCUCCAAGCCUCAGAGUGGGACUGUGAGGCAAGGGUGACCACACGCAUGAUAGUGUGAGAUCCCCCCUCAUUUCUGGGUUUCCCUGUGGCAUUCCCGCCCUCAUGGGGCCCUCCCCCUCCCCAGAGCAUUGCCUAUGGUGUGUGUGGUCCGUCUGAUGGGGAAAAAGGACAUCAGGGUAGUUUUCAUUUACAUUUAUGAGAAGUCGUUGGUACAGUGGUGAGCAUAGCUGCCUUCCAGUUACAUUUAUGACCAAAGUUGAGAAUAUUUUUGGUAUCUGAGGGCCAGGUGCAUUUUCUUUGCUGUAGACUAUUUGCUCCUCUUAAACAUGUAGGCUCGCAGGGGCUCCUCAGUUUUUUCAAAGCUCUUUUCCAGGAGCCACUUGAGCUUUGAGAUCUGUGGCGAGAGUAGUCCCGGGUGUGUCUCUCUGUUCCUGGUGCUCUUUUGCCGUCCACACGUUGGGCAACAACUCACUUUCCUAUGUGGAUCCUGGAUUUGGGGGGGAAGUGUCCCCCAUUUGUGGGUUACUAACGAGUCCCAGCCUCUGCUCUGCUGCGGACUCAGGGACUUAGCAGGGUUUGUACUGGGAGGAUCUUUUGCAUUUCUGUGGUCAUUUUACAUUUGGCUUGUCAAUUGCCACAAAAAGCCUGGGAUUUUGGUUGGGAUCACACUGAAUUUAAAGAUCAGUUUGUAGAGAAACGUCUAGGACAUGUCUCUCUCCGAUGUUAAUUUCUCUCAGUGUUGUGUGUUUCUAGUGCAGAGGUCUAGUGCGACUUUCAAUUUAUCCUUAGGGAUUUUAUGUUCUGAGCCUUAUUACAUGUGGUAUAGGUUUUUUUUGUUUUAUUUUCCAACUGUUCUGUGUGCAUAGAAAUAUAACCCAUUGCCUUACAUUGACUGUGUAAACUGUGAUAUUGCUGAAUUACUCCCUUAUUAGCUCUUUUAACUUCUCUGUAGUUUCCUUGGGAUUUUAUACACAAUCUUAUCAUCUGUGAAGCAGGGCAGUCUCUCUCCUUCCUCCCAGUCUGGGUAUCCCUGGCCACACCCAGUACAAUGCUGAUUAGAAGUGGUGAGAAUGGGCACCCUCAUCUUGCUCGGGAUCUUAGAGGGGACACCGUUGGUAUUUCAUCACGAAGAUGUUAACUGUGAGUUUUUCUUAGAGAUGUUUAUCAGAUCGAGGUGUCCUCUUAUUUCUAGUUUGCUGACUUUUUUUUAAAAUCAUUAUGGAUGGGUGUUGGAUUUUGUCCAGUGCUUUUUCUUCCCCCUGAAAUGGCCUUUUGGUUUUCCUUCUCAAGUCUGUUCAUGUGAAGGACACCAACUGCAUCUUAAGUCAACCUUGCAUUGCUGGGAUGAGGCCCACUCGGUCACGAUGUCCUUUUCGUACAUCGAGCUCAGUUUGCUCAUUUUUAGUUAAAGAUUUCUGCAUCUGUGUUCGUGAGAGGGAUACUGCUCUAUCGUUUCAUUUUCUUGGAACAUCCUUGUCUUAAUAUCAGGGCUUUGCUGCCCUCGUGAAAAAUGAACUGGGAAGUGUGCUCGCUCCCCUCUUUUCUGUGUAAUGUUGGCAUUAUUUCUUCCUUAUACAUUUAUACCCAUUUUGGCUUUAUGAUGAAAAAAAUGACACCUUAGUAAUUUUUUUUUUAGCACAGAAAGACGCAGGAGUGGUCAGUGUGCGCGGCUCAGUGAAUUCUCGUAGAGUAAGAAGGGUGCCAGCGCCUCGGUUCCCCCCUCCUUCCCAGUGCCUCCCUCCUUCGAAACUGUCCUGGGUUCGAAUACCAGCAAGUAAGUGUGCCUCUUCCUGGACUUCAGAUGCCAUUACACAGGGAGGACCUUUUGUGUCUGGCUCUCCAGCCAAGCAUCAGAGGGGUCGACCUCAUUGUCUGCUGUACUUGCUCCUUUAUGUCCAUUACUGCCUAGUUCUCUUCCGCAUGAGCAACCACGAUGAUUGACCUCUCGUCCAGGGACAUUUUGGUCAUUUACAGGUUUUGUUUGUUAGGAGUAGUGACCUCAGGACAUCCCUGUUCGUGUGUCCUGGGGCACGGAUUUCGUACUUCUGCUGGGUACACGUGUGGGAGUGGAACUGCUGGGGAUGAGAUGCUCGGCCUUCCCGGACACUUGAGUUUCUGAAGUGGUUGGAGCAGCGGGCACACCAGCAGCAGCGUCAGAGUUCCGGGUGCUCCGCUUCCUCCCAACACUCGAUGUCAUCUGACUUUAUAUUUCAGGCACACAUGUGGGUGGGUAGGUAUCACACUGUGGUUUUAAUUUGCAUUUCCCUGAUGACUAAUGAAGUUGAACACCUUUUGUUAUGUUUAUUGGCUGUUUGGACAAUCUCCUUUGUGAAAUGUUUGUUCAGGUCUUUUGUUCAUUUUUCUAUUCGAUUGUGUCUGAUUUUUAGUAGUUCUUUGUGUAUUCUGGAUAUAAGUCCUUUGAACAGAUAUAUAUCAUUGCAAAUAUCCUCCCAGGUCUGUGGCAUGCCUUUUCAUAUAGUUCAAGUUAAUUUUUUCCCCUUUAUAAUUAGUGCCUUUUUUGGUUCUGCUCAAGAAGUCUUUGUGUAUCCCGAGGUCAUCAAGACAUUCUCUUCUGUACUUUCUUUUAAAAGCUUUUAAAGUUUACCUUCAACAGUCCACCUGGAGUUGAUUUUUAUGUCUCGUGUGAGGCAGACCGUAUGAUUAAGUUAUUUGUCUGUACUCAAUACAAUACCAUUAUUGCAAAGACCAUCUUUCCCCGACUGCCCUGCAGCAUCUGCGUGUAUGUCAGUGUGUCCCCUGGAUGUCACCUCCUCCACUGUCCCUUUGUCCUCCCCUGAGCCAACACAUCACAUUGUCUAAACUACUGUAGUUUAAGGACAAGUCUUGAUACACAGGUUUGUGGGUCUUUUAAGAUCCACAUAGCUAUAUUUUGACCUUUGUGUUCCCAUACAGAUUUUAGACUUGCCAAUUUCCACUCCAAAACUUUCUGGGAUUUUGAUUGGCGUUUGCAGUGAAACUACAGGUCAGUUUGGGGAGAGCAAACAUCUGUAUAAUGUUGAGUCUUCCAGUCUGCGAAUACUUUACUGUUUGUUUAGAUGUUCUUUCUCUAAGCCUGUGCAGUUUUCAGUAUUUCUUAUGAAUCUUUCAUUAGAUUUACGUCUGGUGUUUGAUGCUGUGGGAUGCAGUUGUAAAUGGUACUGUUUCCAUUUCGUUUUUUGGGUUACGAGAUACAUGUACACACAUGCACGACUGACUUUUGUAUAUUAGCCUUUACCCUGGACCUCCACCACAGAGUACAUUCAUAGGUCACUUUGGAUUUUCAUGCACACAAGUGCCAUUUCCCAGCUUUAUUUCUCCUCCAGACUCUUAAGCUGUUUCCUUUCACAGCCUGACUGGCCGGGCCCUCCAGUGCCGAAAGCUGAACAGCAGCCAUGACAGAUACACCGCCUUGUCUGGGGGACAGCUGUCAGUGUCAGUGUCACCUCUGAGCAUCAGACGCUCACGUCAGGGAGGUGCCUGCUCUCAGACCAGCUUCAUUUCGGGAACCCUUGUCCCGAGCGUGGACCGCACUUCCCCAAAACCCCUCAGAGGUGCCAGGCUCUUGGGUUGGUCUUUUUGUCUCCUGUGUCACCGAAAGAGGAGCUGGUUUUUUUUUUUUUUGAGAGUUUAAACUUCAUUUUGUUUUGAGUCUCUAAAGAGACCUCAUUUUCUUGUCAGCUCAUGGGUUUAGACUUUCUCCCCAGGAGAGUAAGUAGCAUUUCCCACUUUUCAGGGUGUGUGAUUUGCCACGUUGCCGGAACCUUGCAUGUGGCAUUUGACUGAGUUUCAUUUUAGAGCCAAUUUGACAAGCUUCCUGUCCAAGUCUCCGAAAUCAGUUCUGCUGGGUGUGAAUCAUUUGUACUGUUCUAUGCCGUGUCUGUCCUGCACGCCUUCCGCUCCUCCCCUUCCACCUGUCGGCUCUUUCUCCUGGAAGCUACGCAGUGUUGCGGUUUCCUUUCUACUUGACCACCCCACCCCCGCAAAUGACCUAGAGCGUUUGACUUGGACCAGCCCCUAGGGCCUUUCCGCCUGAAUUCUGCCAGGUUCUGCUUCAUAAAUGUGCAAUCACGUGAUGACAGUGACUCUUUUCUUUUCAUCUCAGGUCUCUUAUUUAAAUAAAAGUGCAUCUCUCUCUCUCUCUUUUUUUUUUUUAAAGGAACACAUUUAUUUAUUUGGUGGGAGGAGAGCUAGAUUUAUUUAUUUUAAAGAGGCAGUACUGGGGCUUGAACCCAGGACCCUGUCCACGCCCAGCUCACGCUCUAACCACGGAGCUCCACCUCCCCACAAGUGCAUCUCUGUGCUCGGCGUACAGCUCAGUCUCACUGCUCACCCACGCGUGUGAUCCCCGCCUGGUGUGCGGUGACUGUAGUUAUGAUUUGCAUUUCUCUGAUAAUUAGUGAUACUGAGCAUUUUUUCACGUGCCUACUGGCCACCUGUAUGUCUUGUUUGGAGACGUGUCGGUUUAGGUGUUCUGCCCGCUUUUUGGUUGGGUUUUUGUUACUGAGCUGUUGCCACGCUCUGGAAGUGAGGCCCUCGCAGGCGCAGGGGUGCAGAUACCGUCUCCUGUUCCACAGGCCAUCUUUUCAUUUUGCCCACGGUGUCCUUUCUGGUGCAGAAGCUUCUUUAUGUUUAUACACGCUGCACUUGCGGAAGCUGAGUGUGUCUGUCGCCGACUCUGGAGCCCCACCAGGUGCCUGGAGCGUCUCACUCACCUUCCUCUCCUUCACACUUGGCUCUUGGUUCAGACCUUCACUGACUCGCUUCCUCCUCACCUGCGUCACACCUGCUGUUGACCCGACUCCGGGUGCCUCACUGCUAGAUGUUCUGUGUCAUCGCGUCUUUAGCUCUGGGUCCUUGGCUGGUGGCGGUGGGUGGGAACCUGGAGCCGACUUGGAGGAGAGGAGACGGGCGGA